AUGUCGCAGAAGCCGAGCGGAACCCCUGUAAACGGAAUGUCAUCUCCGCGGCCGCCCUUUAGGCGGCAGGGCUCUUCAGCCGGUGGGCAUCCGAUGACCGUUGCCUUGCCGCACCAACGGGUCGAUUAUAGUGUAACGAAGGGUGGCGCAAGAACCUGGGCCGUCCUAUUCGUCUUUAUAUUCCUUUGCUCCAGUCUCUACACCGUUUUCUCCGCAAAAGAAAUCGCAGAACUUGGUGUAGAUUUUGACGGCGAUGGCGAUGUAGAUCUAGACAAUGAAGUGGACGAUGACGUAGAUGAGGUGGCCACGCAGCAGCGGCAUACAUUAAAAGACACAUUGCCGACACACGAUGACCACGGUGGGCAUGAUAAACGUAAUGACAUCAAGGUACCAAAAGAGGAGUUGAAGACAGCUGAUGACGACGAUGCGUAUUUGGAAACGACGUUGGAGGAUAAGCUCUUCGCUGGCCUUCGCGCCAAGAUGCAAAAGUUCAAAAACUUUGUGAAACAUCAAACGGGCCAAAGGGAGAAUGACGAAGAUGAAGAGAUGGUCCAGCCCGUCCCGACAAGAAGGGAACGACGAAAGAAUAGGAGGGAUCGAGUAGAGCAGAAAGGAGAGAAAGACGAGGAGGAGGAAGAGGAACCACCGAAGGCGGAAAAACCAGCGAGACGGCACAGGCAACCGGAAAAGAAGCCGGUGCAAGAAGAGGAUGACGACGAUGAUGAUGAUCACGAUGAGGAUGAUGAUGAGAAUGACACCAAAAAGAUCCGGCAACUGCGAUGGAACCCUAAAACAAAGCGGGAGGAGCUUGUGAUCGUUGAGGUUGAAGUAGAAAAGAAGGAUAAGAAACAUGAUGACGAUGACGAUGAUGAUGAUGAGGACGAUGAGGAUGAAGCUGAUAAUGAUGAUGAUGAGGACGAUGAAGAUGAGAAACCUGCUCCCAAGAAGGAAAAGCCAAAGCCUAAGGAGACCGAACCCGAGCCUGAGCCCGAACCUGAGCCUGAACCGGAGGAGGAGGAGGAUGAGAAAAAGAAGGAGAAGGAUGAUGACGACGAGCCAAAGCAGGAACAGAUCUCAAAGUUCAAGCGGUCCAGAGGCGUCAUCGAGGAACCGAGGGGACUGAAGCUGAAAACAGCCCACAUCACAGACGAUGCCCCAAAACGGCCAUGCAUGCGGAAGCAUUGCCCCACCGAUUUCGGGAUUGAGCCGAGGAGAGGGUUGUUGAAGAGCAAGGCGGUGUCAAGCUCGGGGAAACGCUAUCAAUAUUACGUCGAAGAUGAGCAGGAGCCUGAACAGGGCAAAGUAGAAGAUGAAGAGGAUGAUGAGGAGGAAGAUGACGCCGAAGAGGACACCCCCGAGUAUGCGGAAGUUAUUGCCAUCAAAAAAUACAGAUCUACGGGCCGAGAAGCCUACAAGCGGCACGCAAUCACCAAUCGUGAUGAUCACAAGCACCACGAGACGUUGGAUCGGGCUGACCACCUCGUCGAGAAGCACGAAUACGGUGCGGCCAUCAGACUCUUUGAUCAAGUCCUCAAGGCCUACCCGGAAUCUCCAAGAGCGCACUUUGGAAAGGGGCGUGCAUUCGAUAUUCGAGCCGAAAUGGAAGCUGAUGAUGAAGACGUUGAUGAAGCCCUGGAACAUUAUGAAAAGGUCAUCGACAAUGAAGAUACCCCAGACGCACUAUUUAGGCAAGCAGCUUCUCGCGCGAUAGAACGCUCCAGAUACCGGGGGAAUAUGCAUCGCGCCCUAAAUGCGCAGCGAAGCCUGAUCGAUCGUUUCCCUGAAGAAAAGAAACACCAGACCGAUUUCGGAUUGACGUUUUUGAUGAUGAAACGACAUGACGAUGCGCGUAAAGUAUUCAAGAACGUGCUUGACGCUGAUCCCAACAACGCUCUCGCCCUGGCGUACUACGGAUAUAUUCUAAAGGUGGCCGAUGGCGACCUAGAAGGCGGCGUCCAGUUGAUGCGAAAGGGGCUGUUGAAGGGCGGAGACGAGAUUACCGAUCCAAAGUUCUACUAUCAUCUGGGCGAUGGCUUGAUGUUACUGGGAAGAACAGCUGAUGCCUAUAAGGUCUACGAGCAAGGAGCGGAACUAGGGCUUUUCCUAUCCGCGCACCAACGCAGCAUGUACAACAUCGAAGGUCUUACCGGGCGGCCCUGGUGGACAAUGGAACAAACUGGAUACACCAAACACCUGCGGGCUGUGGAACGCCAAUGGGUUGCGAUCCGCAAAGAGGCCUUAGCUGCACUUGAAGAGCACAUCGAAGAGUUUGAGCACGAGAAUAAAGCCAUCACCAUCGAUGGCGACUGGCGUGCACUUUGGCUGCUUCGAAACGAGGAUUGGGAUGAAGACAAUUGCGAAAUCGUGCCGCAAACCUGCGCCAUUCUACGUGAAUUCCGGGAGGCCAGCAAUGCAAGCCGAACUUCGAUGAAAAUCUCCGUACUUUCUUCCGGCACUCGCGUUCUGCCGCAUUGUGGGCCAACAAACUGCAAGCUUCAAGCCCAUCUCGGUCUUGUGGUGCCAUCUGAAGCAAGAAUUAGAGUUGGAACUGAACGACGUGGUUGGCGGACAGGCCGUUUUAUUCUCUUUGACGACUCUUUUGAACAUGAACUUUCCUUCGCCGGCGCGUCUUCUUCAGCUUUUCGAUUGGUCCUCGUCAUCGACCUAUGGCACCCAGAAGUGGACGUCCGACAACGCACCGAUCUCUUCGAUGAAGAC